AAGCAGGUGAUUGCUGUAAUUUUGGAAGAGGAUAUAAAGUUGAUGAAGAAAAAGCUUAUGAAUAUUAUAAAAUUGCUGCAGAAAAAGAAUUAGAAAAAUUGAUUCAUAAUAUUGAUAUGAUGUUUGUUUGA